AUGGCCGAUGGCGCCAGUGCUGCUGCCAAGGCCCGGGCUGGGUACCAGGCAUCCAAGAACCUGGACAACAUUGUCCGGAAAUUUGGCGAGCUCACAGCCGAGCGCGAGAAGCGUGCAAAAACUCACGAGGAUGCCAUGCACAAUCUGAUCCGAACCCAACAAGAACUAGAUGACAAAGAGAAGGAGCUGAAGGCCUGCACUCUGAAGUAUGAGAAGUUCAUGAAGGAUCUCAAGGAGAAGCAGGCAAGGAGAGACGAGCUCCGGGAGCAGACUGAGGAAGCAAAAAGGCAGAUGCGCGCUUUUAUGGCCAGCGUCAAAGACACCUGCCGGAAGACCACUUACCUUGCGGAGGAUGUGAAGGGAAAGUACCACGCAGCAGAGCGAGCAGCGGAACGUGGAUGGUCCUGUAGACAGACUGGGAGCAGCGUGCUCACACCCCGGCCAGGAGUCCUGUCAACACCGCGGUGA